AAAGAAUGAAGCGGUAGGAUGAAGAAUGUCAGUCGAUCAUUGACUGGGACCAGAGGAGGUCGGUAGGGUGCGCAGUCGUGUGCUAUCUGAGUAUAAAUCGGGAUUGGUUGAUGGUUCUCCCGUAAGCCCCACCUACCAGGUGGUCGUUCGAAAGUGUAGUUGUGUAGUUUCUUACAACGAAACGACGGGCGCUGCUCUCUCCUCGACGUAUCCAAUCGCGAGAAAAUCUGAAAUGAGACGUAUCGGUGCGCUAAUAUGUGACGGUUGAGAGAAAACGAGGACCAGGAACGUGUGAGAGGGUGGUUUACGCGCGGGUGCUACCACUUUCGAAGCGUGACGAAGAAAACGGACCACGUAAAGAAGUGGCAAAGGUGGAGAUCGUGAAAAAAGAUACGCGUCGAGAAAACGAAGGAAAAACGCGUGUGUGCCAGAGCUACGUGCAAAAAGAAUCCUCUAUUUCGGGGGGGGGUUGUAUAUAUCUUUCUCUCUCUUUUUGUGUCUCUCUACUUUCCUCUUUUUUUUUUUCUUUCUUUCUGUUUCUCUCCAUCGUUACUUCGAUUUGUUCCGAGUGAAAGUAUCUAUCUCGUUGCGGCAAGUGUUUUCUCAUCGCGUUGUAUGCGUCGUUCUCGUAUCGCGGAGUAACAAGUAAAGGUAAAAAAAAGUGAUACGUUUAACUAACAAGGACGUCAGCUGUGUGCGCUUUUACGAAGGGGACGUGUGCGAGAGAGAACCCACUGUUGAGAGACAGAGAAAUGGCGGCGCUGGCGGCAGGUGUCCAGUAUGGUUUGUCGUCGCAUAGUAAUUUUCACGAAAACAAGUCCCUGAUCUUCGUGAAACUCACCGACUCGGCGCAACGUGCCAUCGAGGACUUCCUCAGAAAUCGGAACAAGACCACCCAGAAUCCUACUAUACAGUUCCUAGGAAAUGAAGGGCAACUCUCCUUUCCAUCUACCCAAUCCAACCAUGGAUCGACAGGUUUUACGUUUAGCCUUUCUGGCAAUCAAGAUAUCGAGGGUCCUCAGGGUAGUUUCGAGUGCAUCCAACAAACGGGCCCUAAAAGCCUGGAGAGUCUUGGCGCAUUGCCGUGUAAAAUGCGGAUACAAGCGAACGACGAUGUGUAUGAAACAACCAGGCAUCGGAUGGCCGUCGCCGAGGAGAAUAACAAGAACAAAUGCACCAGAGUUAUCAAACCAAAUGGACCGGACAUCGGGCGCAAGGUAAAGGUGAAAACUACCGGAAGAACUAUACCAUCUCCAUCACCAUCGAACUCGAGGUGUCGGGAAUCGACGACGAGCAUUCCAACUUCCGUUACUCAGCCUAGACUGUCUUCCUCUUACAAGCCUGCUGUCAAUAAUCAACCGGCAGCUCGAAAUCAACCGGAGAAGAAAGUCUCUGAGAUAAUGCGUAGACCACUGAAGGAAAGGCUUAUCCAUCUUCUUGCUUUGAGGCCAUACAAAAAGCCGGAAUUGUACGAUCGUAUAAACAGAGAGGGCAUCAAAGAGCGAGAACGUACCGCCAUGCCGAUGAUUCUGAAACAGGUAGCUUUCAUGAGGGACAACACGUAUCAUCUGCAUAGAUACGUCUGGAAUGACGUGCUAGAAGAUUGGCCUUAUUACACAGAACAGGAAAAAACAAUGUUGAAAAGAAGAAAACCUCAGAAUCUAACGCCUCCUGGUUCUAGCGAUGGAUCCAGCGGCAGCGGACAAUCCCCAAAUUCCACUCAUCCAGGUUCACCGCCUGCGAUCACAGCACCUCCGCCCUCGUUGUUGGGCAACAAGCGACCAGGAUAUUAUCAGGGUAAUGAUGGAUUACCGACAAAAAGACCACGGAUAUCGCAUUAUAAGAAGUCAGAAUUGAAUUCCGGAUCGUCGAAUGUCGGGGAGAAUGGAAGGACGGCUGGUAGUGGUGGAAAUAGUAACAGUGUUAGUGUCGUUUCCAGUGCAGCCGGUGGUAGUAGUGCGAAUGGUGGCAGUGGUGGUAACAGCGGUGGUGUAAUUGACGGCUGGGAUCAACGACAGCAUCAGCGUGAUCGCCGUGGCGAUUAUCGACCCGAAAGAACAGCGAACAGUGAUGUGGUACAAGGUGGCAGCUAUGGCCAUGGAAAAGCGUGCUUGACGCCAACCAGUGAUAGUGAAGAGACCAACCAGCACGGUCAUCGGGACGGGAACACCGGAACGUCUGCGAGCAAUGUCGCUAACAAUGCGACCACUGGCCAUAGUAGUGUAGCUCAUAAUAAUUCUUUGAGCGGCAGUCGUCAUCAUCAUGGAAAGACUGCGAUGCUUGGUGCCGAAGCGAGUGCCGGUACGGCUGUGAAUUGCGUGGCUCGUUCGAUGCCGAGUGCCGCGAGUGACGGUGGUAGUGCAGGUAGUUAUAGUGGUAGUUCGAAUGGAAUACUCGCUGACAGGAGAGAUAGAAGCGACAGGAACGAUAGGGGACGCGCUGGCGACAGGGAUCGUGACCCCAGAAAGAAGAAUAACGGAACAGCAGCUAACUCGUAUAACGACUUAAUCGUACCUAACUAUGCCGCCACCGAACAUAAUCCUGACGGUCUUCACUUACAGGAGAGUCCUAAAUCAUCGGAGUAUCCGGACUACCUCACGUAUUAUACGACAAUAAGCAGUACGGAACAGAGAAGACGUUACAAGGCGGAAUUCAAUGCUGAUUACGAGGAAUAUCGAAGGUUACAUGCUCAAGUGGCGAAAGUAUCUAAACGUUUUACGCAGCUUCAAGAUCGUUUGAAACGAGAAGAAGCGUGUGGAAAUUGGGACGAAUACCAGGAAAUACGGCAGCAAAUUCUUGAUCAGUACAAUGAGACUAAAAGCGAUCCUAAGCAUAAGGAAACGAAACGCCGUUUUCAUUACUUGCAUGAAAAGCUAAGCCACAUCAAGCGACUGGUAUUGGAAUAUGACACGCAGAACUGUGGUGGCAUGGUAACUAACAGCAGCAACGUCGCUGGUAGCAACGACAUAAAAGAAAUGGAUAGUUUGCACUACUGACACAAACUGAAAAGGCCGCUUUUUACUCUCUACCUUUUUUCGGUUGUCGGUAUGCUAUUAUCUUCAGUGUCGAAGAAUUUGCAUUUUCUCGGCAUGUUCCAAGGCUGAUCUAAAACGGUCCACAUGGUUCCUGAGUUGUAUCGCCGAAAACAAAGUCAAGUACUCUCUGAACCGGGGUUGCGAGGAUAUAUAUAUAUAUAUAUAAAUAUUUAUAUAUAUAAACUCGUAUAUCACGAAGAACCUUCAAUGCUGUUGCUGAAAAAAUUUGCGUGUAAGUCGAGGAUCUCUCUUCUGUAACUGAUUUGUGCGCGCGACUGUGAUGAUCUCUUCGACUUACGUUGUGUGAUCGUGAGCGAUCAUCGGGAUACGCUUGCGUGCUACUUCGACCAAUGGUAACCAGAUUGAUAAAGGAUCUUUUUAACGACAAUCGGUACAAUUUGAAGGGAAAGAAGAAGUAUAAGAAUAAUGGAAAUAAAAGAAGAAAAAGCCAGAAGUCCAUCCGAGAAGGGAGAGAGAGAGAGAGAGAGAGAGAGAGAGAGAGAGAAAGAGAGAGAACAAUGAGGAAAAAGGGCAUUCGCGGAGAGCUAGAUAUGUAUGCGUGAACUGAAAAAACAUAGACACGUUUUUUCUUGAGAAGAAAGAGCUCUGUCCUCGAAUGGAAGAUAGGAAGAAGAAGAAUAGGGAAAAAACGAAGAAAGAAGACAAUUGAGAAAAAAGUAAUUAACUCUAUAUAAUUAGUUACUUACCGUGCACACGUCCAGGUGCGCACUUCCAGGUGUGUCGUCCAAUUUAACAUUAGAUUAAAAACAAAAAGAAAAAAUCGACAGUGCGAAUGCGAGAACAGGGUCCAAAAGGUAGUAAAGGGCUUAUCACGUGCCACGUCCUGAGGACACUGCGUUUCUUUUUCCGUCGGAAGGAAAAAGGAAGGAGACUAGCACAGAGACUGUCCACGAGCUGCCGGGAAUCGUAUAUAUGAUCUGCUGCUCGCCAUUUUCUUUCUUUCUUUCUUUCUUGUUCUCUUUGUUCCUCCAUUUAUGAUUAUCUUUUUUUUUGUGUCUUUCUUUUUAUCUUAUUUCUUUGUUCUCAUUUGUCUUGUUAAAGAAAGAACAAAGGGAAUCCUUAACUUUUUCCGCUAAGAGAGAGAGACUAUGUUAUAUGCAUCGUAAGGUUAGAACGAUUCUUUGUUACUUCUUCGUUCUCUUUUUUGUUUCUUCACCAUACGACCCAUUUCUUAUAUCAGGGACUCGGUCGGUGUAUCUUGACUUAAUAGGCAAAAGAAUGACAUAACUUGGGAAUCUAUCUUGUAACAAUUAAAACGAAAAAAAAAAGAAAUAAUAAGCGUAAUAAAACAAAAGAGAGGAAGGAUGAGAAUACGUUAAGCACUCUUUUUAGAAUUAUCUGCCAUAAAGUGAUAUAAGAAAGAAAAUAAACCAACGGUUAGCUAUGGCCGCACUUUGCGUUUCAGAUAUCCACGAAAGAAGCAGAAUUGAAGUUUAGGAAAAUGAGAAUGAGACGAAACAUAAAACUGGCUUCGUUCCUUCCAAAUCACACGAUCGCUCGUAGUGGUUCCAGUUGUGUGUAUCGUUAUGCUAGGAUACAUCCGUUUUAUACGAUUUCAUAACUGUUGUUAGUCAUUGAAAGGCAGAUGGUACUGAGCCAUCACCGAUAUGAAAUGAAAAAUAUUUAACAAGCAGCAAAUUAAAACCCCCCCCAAAAAAGAGUUAAAGUAAAUUAUAAAUGAAAUAAGAAGAAAAACGGUAAGAUCGAAAUAUUAAAAACGAACAAGUAUCAUAUAGUAAUAAUUAAUCGUCGUCAGCGAUAAAUAUAAUAUACAGUGCGUUGUACAGUAUACGCCAAUUUAUUAUACGUACGAAUGAAUACCUUCUUCGUAUAAUUAUUAUUAUUAUUAUUAUUAUUAUUAUUAUUAUUAUUAUGACAGAUACUAUUAAUAUAAUUAUUGAUGCUAUUACUACUAUUAUUGUUCGGAUAGUUAGAGAGAUAGAUACAAUUCGAAACCUUCGUUGGAGAACCUGCAGUUACUGAACGAAGGAAUCAAAGAAAGAUAUAUUACAUAUAUCAAGCCAAUUUCAAUUUUCCAUUGAAUAUGUAACGAAAGUUUAUGAUGUUAAUAUUUAUAACAUCCUUUUGUCUGUUUACUAUGAUAUCAUACAUAGUAAUUUUAAACGUAUCCUUUUUCAUUCUCAUUCUUUUGUCUCUUUUUCUCUUCUUCAAGACGAUUUGUAUAUAAGAUGUGUGUCUUUCUACUUCACGCUUGCUUUGUUUCACAUUAAGUAAACAUUUGCAGUUAUUUGUGAGUGUUUUGUGAUAGGAAGUGAAGAAAGUGAAAGACGGUGAUAAAGAGGAAGGGAACUUGACUCGUAUUAACUCGGUAUAUUGCGCAUAUAUCGUCGUUUGUAUGAAUGAAAUAUAAUACUUAAAAAGUUUUUAAAUAUUAAUGUAUAGAACUUUACACUCUUACAAGAUACGUAUUUCGACUUUUCUCUUUCACUUAGUUAAUUAUUCUAAAGUAUAAAAAAAAGAUAUUAAUUCGUAAAUACUUUGUGUUACAAGUUUUAAUAUUUAAAUCAUUUGAUAGCAGCUUUUUCUGAUAUAUCGCAGAUCUAUACAAAAUCAGUUUAAAAAAUUACCCAUUUAAUAUGAUGUUUUGUUCAUUUUUUUUUUAAACGUAAUACGAGUCUUUUCUUUUUUGCUUUGUACAUAUUUAUUUAGCUUCGUAGAAAUUUAAUUUGAAAUUUAUUAAUAUCAAUUGAUCGAAAAUCAUUUAGUUGUUACGGUUCUUUUUUUCUGAAAAUUAGAAUAUUAAUAAUGAAAUGUAAAACUAAGUUUGUUUUAAACGAAAAGGAAAGUCUGUAUUUUAGUUUUAUCGAGAUAUUAUCGUGCAUCGUAACUUGCGCGUCUAGUUCUCUUUUUUUGUUUUUGUUUUUAACAAAUUAAAUAUCCUAUUUGUAAUCAGUUUAUUUACUGACGAACAUCGCUCGAUGUUUUUGAUCGUCAAUAAUUUUAAAGAAAAUACAAGUAAAUUGCAUAUAAACGAUUAGAAUUCUAUGUGUUAAAGGUCUUUGCGCCUUAGUAACUUAAUUUAGUUGUUGUAUUUUUAAAAAGACAUACCUUUAUCGUAGUCUUUUAGUACAUUGUAGAAUAAUUAAUUAUGUUUGAACUUGUGUGCAACGCAAGGUUUCAUUGUAUUAGCUUAAAUUUAUUAGUAAUAUAAAAUAUUGUUUCCAUCGACAAAAAAUAUUUUGAAGCAAAGAGAAAAAAAAGAAGUUUUGACUUUUUUAUUUCCCAUUUUAUAGAGAUUCUUUGUUUGCUACUCUUAAAACUCUCUGUGCAAUGUGUUUCGCUCUUUUUAUGUACUAUAUUUAUGUUGAGUGGCAGAAUUAAUGAGAGGAAAGUACGCAAAGUUACUAAAUAUAUUAUAACCUAAAUUUCUAGAAACCUCGAUUUGAAAAAUGCAUUUGAUGCGGUCGAGGAGAAAAAGAAAAACGAGAAUAAUGAAUGAUAAUUUUGAAAUGUUAGAUGAUGUCUUGUUAUGAGAAAAGAGAGGUAACUGAGCGCUGCUAGAAUAUGAAUGGCACAGUGUUGACAAGUAUUUUCUACUGAUUGCAACGAAUUUCUAAAAUGCAAAACAACACGAAAAGAGCCUGUUUAGAGUAAAAUAAUUUAACCUAUUUUUAUAUAUAAAAAUAUACGUAUAAGUAAAUAAAUGAAUAAGCAAAUAAAUUAAAUAAAAAAUUAAUUAAUUAAUUAAUUAAUUAAUUAAUUAAUUGAUUAAUAUUAUACAUAUAUACGAUUACAGAAUCUAUCGUGUGCGUGUUCAUGAAGAUAAAUGAGAACUGUAAGAACAUUAAUAUCGAAGUAUAUAUGAAUGUAACUAAAAGGUACGGGAAAUCGUUAAUAUAUGUCGUUGUGAUUCGAUUUGAACUACGAUCAGUUCAUUUGUAGAUAUAAAUGAUAGGGAAUCUUAUUUUUGCUCAUUUUUUCCCCUUUGCAUUUACAAAAAGAAAAAAAUGUAAUAAAAAUUAUAAAAUAAUUAA